AGGUGCAGGCCCAGGGCACAGGACAAAGGCGGGCAGGAGCCAGGCUGCAGCAAAGCUCUUGCAGCCCAGGGCAGGCGACAAGACAACGUCUCCUCUCCAGGCUGUGUUUGCCGUCAGCAAUGUCAUCUGAAAUCCACAUGUCGGAGCCCGUGUGCCUCAUUGAGAACACGCGGACGAAGGGGCUGGUGGUCCAGCAGGAGGCCCUGCAGGUGCUGUCAGGGAUCACCCAGCCCGUGGUGGUGGUGGCCAUCACAGGGCUGUACCGCACUGGCAAGUCCUACCUCAUGAACAGGCUGGCUUGUCAGAGGAAAGGUUUCUCCUUGGGCAGUGGUGUGCAGUCCCACACCAGAGGUAUCUGGAUGUGGUGUGUACCUCACCCGUGCAAGCCUGGACACACUCUGGUGCUGCUGGACACGGAAGGGCUGGGUGAUGUGGAGAAGGGUGACAUGAAGAACGACAUGUGGAUCUUUGUGCUAACGGUGCUGCUCUCCAGCACCCUGAUCUACAACAGCAAAGGCACCAUUGACCAGCAAGCCGUGGACCAGCUGCACUAUGUGAUGAAGCUGACUGAGCAGGUCAAGUUGAAAGCAGCACCCGAGCAGAGCGAAGAUGAACUGGAGGAUUCAGAAAACGUUGCCCCCAUCUUCCCGACUUUUGUGUGGACGGUCCGGGACUUCACACUGCAGCUGGAGGUGGAUGGGAAGGAAAUCUCUGAGGACGAAUACUUGGAGAAUGCACUCAAGUUAAAGGCUGGGAGCAGCCCAGAGACCCAACGCUACAACCAGCCCCGGGAAUGCAUCUGCCGGUUCUUUCGGGAUCGCAAGUGCUUUGUUUUUUACCAGCCGGCCCACAGGAGGGACCUGGUUCGCUUGGAGGAGCUUCCGGACGAUGAGAUCGAUUGUGAAUUCCAGCAGCAGGUGGAGAAAUUCUGCAGCCACAUCUGGGAAAAGUCUCCGCCUAAGACCAUCCCUUGCGGCCGCACCAUAACAGGGACCCUGCUGGGGAAACUGGCAGAGAGCUACGUGGAGACCAUCCGGAGCGGGGCAGUGCCGUGCCUGGAGAGCGCGGUGCUCGCCCUGGCAAAGACUGUAAAUGCAGCGGCAGUGAAAGAGGCUGUGACGUUGUACCAGGACCUGAUGGAGCGGCGGGUGAAGCUGCCGACGGAGACGGUUCAGGAGCUACUGGAUCUGCACACCCAGUGCGAGCAGGAGACGCUGGAGCUGUUCCAGAAACAGGCGUUCGAGGAGGAGAUCUGCUCUUUCCUGGCAGAUCUUACAUGCCAGGUGGAGGCAAUCAAGGACAAGUUCUGCAGGGACAACGAGCAGGCGUCCCGUGAGAAGUGCGAGGCCGCGCUCAGGGACCUCUUCCAGGACUUGGACAGAAAAAUCACCGAUGGUGUCUACAAUGUGCCGGGGGGUCACCAGCUGUUCGAAGGAGACCAGCAGGCGCUGUUGGAGAAAUAUGGGGAACUGCCUGGCAAGGGGGUGAUGGCUGAUGCCGUCCUGCAGGAGUUCCUCCAACGCAGAGAGGCUCUGGACAAGAACAUCCUCAACAUAGACCUCGCCCUGGAAAAGAAGGACAAGGAGCUGAAAGAUGUGCAACAGCAGUAUGAGAGAGCUCAGCAGGAGUGGGAUGCCCGGUGGAAGCAGGAGGCUGAAGACAAGCAGAAGCUGCAGGACAAGUUGCACAGCACCGAAGAAGAGGUGGCUCGUCUGAGAAAGAAGCUGGAGGAUCAGCCUAAGAAGCGGCGGGAGGAGCACCCGAAGACCAGCAAAUGUAAAUCGAAGGAAGAGAGCGGCUGUUCCAGUGGUGACUUCGGUGGUAAAGGAGGCCCCUUUGGACCGGGUCCGGGACCCUUUGGUGGUAAAGGAGGCCCUUUUGGACCGGGUCCGGGACCCUUUGCUGAUAAAGGAGGCCCCUUUGGACCGGGUCCGGGACCCUUUGGUGGUAUAGGCGGUGGCUUCGGUGGGAGUGGUGGCCCCUUUGGACGGGGUCCGGGACCCUUUGGUGGUAUAGGCGGCGGCUUUGGACAGAACCAGGGAUAUGGCAAUAAUACCUUCAACUGGAAGGACUUAGUGGUACCAGUAGCAUCAUUUUUGGCUUGUGUGGCAAUUGCGGUAUUACGCAUGAAGUUAUGAUGAAGAUUUUCUUUAAACCUCUCUAGUAACAAGGGAAGAGAGGUGUGUAGUGUCCCCACGUAGAAUUCUGUUAAAUUUUUAAAGCUUUUCCUGAAAUAUGCUUGCCACGGAGUGCAGAAGUGACCGCCCUGUUUGCUUGGACCGCUCUAUCUGCUAUGUUCAUGUAUGUCUCCUCCGGGAGAAGAUGUUCUCCUCUUCCCUCCCAGAGCACCUGGUCUCUCACUCCAUCUGAAGGCACGGGGAACAUCUAAAGCCGGGGUGGCUUGGGGCACAGAAAGGCCAACAGGCAGGUCUGGGAGCAUUUUGCCCGUCUCAGAACACGUCACGGUGGAACGUAGCACACCUCAUGUAGAGAGCUCCUCACCAGGGCUACGGGAAACAUGACCAGCGAGGUUUAUGCCCGCUGGCUGAUAUCCUAGGGUCGCACUUUCUGCAGCUGUGGGAAGUAGCACGGAGGUUGUGAGUAAACCAGGAAUCCACGUGGUGAGCGCGACCUGGUUUGCUUGGCGUCAGUCCCGGGCAGAGUGACCCAGAAGGAGUGAGCCCGCGACCCAGGGAGCGGCGGGUGAAAGGCAUCCUCUGCAAUGGAGCUUUUCCCACCCAAGGCUCUUCUCACUUUGAGCACUGACCCUGCUCGGCCAGCAAGGUCCUGGGGAACCUCCCGGGGACAAAGCCCGGGCUCUGCUCCUCCACCUGCUGUUGUGCCGGGGCUGUUUUCCCUGCCGAGCCCUCACACCGUGAGACUGUCUCCCUCCACUGCCACAUUCUAGUCAAAUUAUUGACAUGAUCUGUUUCAUCUUUCGCCAAACUUUAAUAUAUGAAAUGGCUACAAGCAAUAAGCACAAUAAAGUUAAAUCUAAGAAAACUA